UAGCUUUAAACCGGCUGUUUGCUGCACCAGCUGCGGAUCGUCUCUUCGCCCCACACUUUCCCGGGAAUUUCUUCCUUCCCGCCACCCCCGCCGUCAGCCAGCUUACCCCACCAAAGGCGCCGAAAUUGGGCGAAUAGCGAGCAAAUACGUCCGCGUUUCUUUACCCGCUCCCCCGCCGACCUCCCCUCCUCGCUCCCCGGCGCUGACAGCGGACAAGGCCGAGGUCGCAGCAGCAGAGCAGGCCCGGGCGCCGAGGCUCGACCGGUCCACCCCACCUCCUCCGCAUCCUACCACACCUCAGCAGCAGCGGUUCCCGUCCGAACCGGCCCUGGACGACGUCGAUAGCCGGGAUACCCGCAUCGCGACGACAAAAGCCGCCGACAUGAACCACCACCAUCACCAUACGCAGCAGCAGAAAGCCGGCGAGCAGCAGCUCAGUGAACCGGAGGACAUGGAGAUGGAACCUGGUGAUACCGACGACCCUCCAAGAAUCCCAGCCAACCCAGUAAUCAAUGGCAACUUGGCCAUGGCAGACGGACACAACAACACCGAGGAGGACAUGGAGGACGACACCAGUUGGCGCUCAGAAGCCACUUUCAGGUUUGUGGUGGAGCGCUUCAGCCGCCUGAGCGAGUCGGUGCUCAGCCCGUCCUGCUUCGUCCGCAACCUCCCGUGGAAGAUCAUGGUGAUGCCGCGCUUCUACGCCGACCGGCCUCACCAGAAGAGCGUGGGCUUCUUCUUGCAGUGUAAUGCCGAGUCAGAAUCCACGUCGUGGUCGUGUCACGCUCAGGCCAUGCUCAAGAUCAUCAACUACAAAGAUGACGAGAAAUCCUUCAGUCGCAGGAUCGUUCACUUGUUCUUCCACAAAGAGAACGACUGGGGCUUCUCCAACUUCAUGUCCUGGAGCGAUGUGACCGACCCAGAGAGGGGCUUUGUAGAUGACGACAAAGUCACUUUUGAGGUCUACGUCCAGGCAGACGCCCCACAUGGAGUGGCGUGGGACUCCAAGAAACACACAGGCUAUGUUGGUCUCAAGAACCAAGGAGCUACCUGCUACAUGAACAGCCUGCUACAGACUCUUUUCUUCACCAACCAGCUACGUCGGGCGGUGUACAUGAUGCCCACAGAGGGAGACGACUCAUCCAAGAGCGUUCCUCUGGCCCUGCAGAGGGUUUUCUACGAGCUGCAACACAGCGACAAGCCAGUCGGCACCAAGAAACUCACCAAGUCCUUUGGGUGGGAAACUCUGGACAGUUUCAUGCAACAUGACGUGCAGGAGCUGUGCAGAGUGCUCCUGGACAAUGUGGAGAACAAAAUGAAAGGCACUUGUGUUGAGGGAACCAUCCCCAAGCUCUUCAGAGGAAAGAUGGUGUCAUACAUCCAGUGCAAGCAUGUAGACUACCGAUCGGAGCGGAUAGAGGAUUACUACGACAUCCAGCUUAGCAUAAAAGGAAAGAAGAACAUUUUCGAGUCCUUUAAGGAUUAUGUUGCAACUGAACAGUUAGACGGAGACAACAAAUAUGAUGCAGGAGAGCAUGGCCUGCAGGAGGCAGAAAAGGGAGUAAAGUUCCUUACUUUCCCGCCGAUCCUUCACUUGCAGCUGAUGAGGUUCAUGUAUGACCCGCAGACCGACCAAAACAUCAAGAUCAACGACCGGUUUGAGUUUCCAGAUCAGUUACCACUGGACGAGUUCCUCCAGAAGCCAGACUCCAAGGACCCGGCUAACUACAUCCUGCACGCAGUGCUGGUGCACAGCGGGGACAACCAUGGCGGUCACUAUGUCGUCUAUCUUAAUCCAAAAGGAGACGGCAAAGUGAGUGUCAAGGAACCAAUAUGGUGCAAGUUCGAUGACGAUGUGGUGUCCCGCUGCACCAAGGAGGAGGCCAUAGAGCACAACUAUGGCGGACACGACGAUGACCUCUCAGUCCGCCACUGCACCAACGCGUACAUGUUGGUCUACAUCCGGGAGUCCAAGCUCAGUGAAGUGCUGUUGCCCAUGACGGACGUGGACAUCCCCCAGCAGCUGGUGGAGCGCCUGCAGGAGGAAAAGAGGGUAGAGGCCCAGAAGAGGAAGGAGCGUCAAGAGGCUCAUCUCUACAUGCAAGUUCAGAUGGUGACAGAGGAUCAGUUCUGCGGGCAUCAGGGGAAUGACAUGUAUGACGAAGAGAAAGUGAAGUACACGGUCUUCAAAGUCCUAAAGAGCUCUACGCUGCAAGAGUUUGUCCAGAACCUCUCACAGACCAUGGGUUUCCCACAGGAGCAGAUGAGGCUGUGGCCCAUGCAAGCCCGUAGCAACGGAACUAAGCGACCCGCUAUGCUUGACUACGAGGCUGACUGCAGCAAGUCGAUGAUUGGCUUGAGUGACAAUGAGAACCCAUGGACAAUAUUUUUGGAGACUGUAGAUCCCGAGCUGGCAGCCAGUGGGGCCACGUUACCCAAGUUUGACAAAGACCAUGAUGUCAUGUUAUUCUUGAAGAUGUAUGACCCCAAAACAAGAAGCUUAAAUUAUUGUGGACAUAUCUACACGCCUAUAUCCUGCAAAAUAAGAGACCUGCUGCCAGUCAUGUGUGAGCGAGCAGGGUUUCAGCAGGAAACUAGCCUUAUCCUCUAUGAGGAAGUAAAGCCCAACCUAACAGAGCGCAUACAGGACUAUGACGUCUCUCUCGACAAGGCCCUGGAUGAGCUCAUGGACGGGGACAUCAUUGUCUUCCAGAAGGACGAUCCAGAAAACGACAGCAGUGAACUGCCGACGGCCAAGGAAUAUUUCCGGGAUCUCUACUACAGAGUGGAUGUCAUCUUCUGUGACAAGACCAUCCACAACGACCCGGGCUUUGUGGUCACGCUCUCUAACCGCAUGAACUAUUUUCAGGUGGCUAAGACAGUAGCGCAGAGACUCAACACGGAUCCCAUGCUGCUGCAGUUCUUUAAGUCACAGGGGUACAGGGACGGUCCAGGGAACCCUCUCAGACACAACUAUGAAGGAACACUGCGGGACCUGCUGCAAUUCUUCAAGCCCCGGCAGCCCAAGAAACUCUACUAUCAGCAGUUGAAAAUGAAGAUCACCGACUUUGAGAACAGGAGGAGUUUUAAAUCCAUAUGGCUCAACAGCCAGUUCAGAGAGGAGGAGAUCACCCUCUACCCUGACAAGCACGGCUGUGUUCGGGACCUGUUGGACGAAUGUAAAAAGGCCGUGGAGCUCUCCGAGAAAGGCUCUGAGAAGCUCAGGCUGCUAGAGAUAGUGAGCUAUAAAAUCAUCGGGGUUCACCAGGAGGACGAGCUUCUAGAAUGUUUAUCUCCGGCUGCCAGUCGCACCUUCAGAAUAGAGGAGAUUCCCGUGGACCAGGUGGACCUGGACAAGGACAGUGAACUUCUCAUCCCAGUCGCUCAUUUCCACAAGGAAGUCUUCGGCACCUUUGGGAUUCCCUUCUUGCUGAAAAUCCGACAGGGCGAGUCUUUUAGGGAGGUGAUGAGGAGGAUCCAGACUAUGUUGGAUAUCCAGGAGAAAGAGUUUGAAAAAUUCAAGUUUGCCAUUGUGAUGAUGGGUCGGCAUCAGUACAUCACUGAAGACGAGUACGAGGUCAACCUAAAGGACUUCGAACCACAGCCAGGCAACAUGUCACACCCACGUCCCUGGCUGGGCUUGGAUCAUUUCAACAAAGCUCCAAAGAGAGGCCGAUACACCUACUUGGAGAAGGCCAUCAAGAUCCACAACUGAAGCAGCCGCCGUCCUCCUCCUCUCACUGCUCCUCACCGUAACUGACUGUAACCCAGCGUGUGUGUGCGUGUGUGUGUUCGCGUGCCUGCGUGUUCGCGUGCCUGCGAGUGCGUGUGCCUGCGUGUGUGUGUGCGCGUGUGUGUGUGUGUGCGUGCGUGUGUGUGUGUGUCUGUCCCUACCCCGCCUGGAAUCCAACAAGCACCACCUGGCAGCGUCUUCAGUCCAUGGAAUAUUUCUUCUGAAAUAUUCCUUCAUUAAACUUUAUUAUUUUUAGCCAACCUUCACAUGACCAACCUUUUUAUUUUUAUUUUUUUUUGUCCCAGGGCUUCUCUAAGGGAGCGAGGCAAAAGUGUUUGACUAAGCAGAGAGUGAAUAAUCUAGCACCGUGUAUAGAACUAUAAAUAUACAUCCUCCUCUCCUCUUUUGUUGGAGUUCCAAGGUCUGCCGUGAGUGGACAAAGGCCACUCCCCCACACCGUUAGUCCGUAACAGCAUCAACAAGAAUGGAAGUGCUGGCGUCCAUCCUCUUUUUACCGAGCCUGAGUGUGCUUACUUUCUCUGCUCCCUUUUUAGUGCCACACAAGCACGUCUUUCUCACUUAGUUUUGUUGGGAGCCAAAAAAGAAAAAUCUAAUAAAAACAACUUUUUGUCUUUCUGCAGAACUUGUAUUGUUAUAAAGUAAUAAGGAUCCACUGCAUAUGUUUAAAAAAAAAAUAAACGGGGGAAAAAUGAGGAAGAAAUUUGUGUGUAUUUCAUCUUAAUUUCUCAGGAUUGAAUGUUUUUUUUUUAUCCCAAAGUCGUCCUUUGCUCUUUUCCCUCCAUCCCGCACAGUGUCGCCCUCUGGUGGCUGGCAGCAGUAAGUGCUUGGUAGGCAGCAGUCAAAAAGCAUGAAAUGAUUGUUUGCUUUUCUCCUCCCAGCACCGAGACCACAUUGACGAAUUGUACAUUUCAAAAAGUGUAAAAUGUCGAUACAGAAGGAGCCGGUUGUUUAUAUUUCUUGUGUGUAGCUUUUUGUUGGCGUUCUAAUGUACCGUUUUGUUCCAUUUCUGGAUUUGUUUUCCCAACUAAACACAUCAGGUUGUGUUGUCUCUAAGUGCAGAGACGAGCUGCAAAAUCUUGUUUUCAUGGUUUCACUUUCAAGUCCUCCGUGUAGCAGCGACUCUUCCUGUAUAUUAUUGCCUUUUUGCUGGAAAAUGUAUGUUGAAUAAAAUUUUCUACAAAAAAACAGCAA